UGUGUGAAUUGACAAACUCAAGUGUGUAACCUGACGACGAGAAGACAAAAUUCGCACGAGUUCUUUGUACUUGUUCUACACAAGGAAGCUCAAGAAACAGCGUGGCCCCCCUUUAUUCUUAUUCUUAAAGCAUUGGCUCCUCCACUGGUCUUAUUACUAGCUUGCAGUCAACUCCUCAUUGCAAUCCACGCGCCGCAAUAGAAAUUAUGCUUUGCUCAAAUACGAAUCGAGUUGAUCUUCCGGGCUCACCGUCAACAUGUGCACUUGAUAUGGUCAUAACCAAUAUUCCAUCCUUCCUCCUGCUCGCAUUCAUCGCCAUCUACAUCCCGAUACGACUCUUCCUCAAUCAUCGAUCCAAGUUCAAUCCUCCUUCAAAAGCCUUCGUCGGACAAUCCUAUAACAGAUACAGUUAUUCAUCUCCUUCCGAGUCACCACGACGAAUAUUCGCUCAAGGCUUCCCGAGAUGGGUGCAUUACUUAUACAUCUUCUUGUUUGCGUGUUUAUUUGCACUACGUGUGCUCGAAGUGGUCCGGCUUGUCCUUGCUCACAUGGGUGUUGCGCUGCUUCCUGUGGGCAUCGUUGCGAGUGUCGCUACUAUUUUCAUGUUAGCGUUUGGGAACUUGGGGUGCGGGAUGGGAAGGACGAGGAGUCUAACUGUGUCUGCCAGCCUUGUCUUAUAUUGGGCAUCUUCCACUGUUUUCGAGUCCAUUAAAGUUACGCGACUCGUCUCGUAUAACACAGCCCACCCUGCGAAGGGCACUGAUUACCCUUCAUCUGAUUGGCUCCUCGACAACGGGUGCAUGCUCGGCCUAAUGGUGAUAUUCUUCUUCAUAGAAGGGGCGUACCUCGUCCUCCGCUGGCGGUCGUCCAUCUUGUCACCACCCGAACCAGUACGAGAGAUGGGCAUCAGCAAGCCCCGACCGAUGUCGGAUUAUGAUGAUUCUUUUAUCAUGAUGGAUGGUCGGGAUCGUGGUUACGCUAUUGGUGUAGCCGCUUGACUAGAUUGAUUGAUGAAUUUAAUUGGACAUUACUCUUGCCUUCUACGUAUGAUUGAUGCUUUCGCAAGCCUGUUUACAUCGCGCUUCGCUCUUGCACUGGUUGUGUGUAUAGUAGGAUCAGCCUUAGUUAUUCCUUUCUACGUCUUCCUGAUGAUCAAUUGCACACCGAAAACUCGGUUUGAUGACCAGAUUUUU